AUGAAUCAUCUCCGCCUGGGUCAGUGCCUAGGCACGGUGCCAUCCGCAACAUUCCGCCAAAGUCAUGACGAAAGCCUUAUCAACAGCCUUGCUCAUCAGAAAGACAUCACUUUCGUCUACAGUAGGUCGGAUUCUGCCGCAAGUAACGAUGUCAGUGAUCACCAGGCUCGGUCUGCCGCGGUCGCACACCAGGCAGGCGUCAACUGUCUUGCCAUCGACCGCAACGAAGGUCGAUAUCUGUUUUCUGGAGGUGCAGACUCCACUGUGCGGCUCUGGGAUCUCGAGGAGCACCACGAUCCCUACGGCUCAGCAACAGGCACAUCUUCGUCUUGGGAAUAUCAUCCAGCAGCAGCACUAACACGUAGCUCGCCGUUGUCGCAUAGCCACGCUCUGACGUCGGUCUCCAUCUAUCCAUUCGACCCGGUUCCGUCGACGCUGCUGACCACCAGCUACGAUAAGUCUCUCAAGGUCACAUCGAUCGCACCUACUUCGCUGGUACCAGUCCACACCUUCGAUCUCGACUUUCUACCUUACACCCAUUCCGUCUCCCUGGUUCCUGACUCAUCCCCAUUGAUAGCCGUUGGGACCGCACACCCGUCCGUGCGUCUUCUUGACCUUCGCUCUGGUCUGUCUACGCAUUCCCUCUCCGGACCCAAUGGCGCGGUGUACACGCUGUCGUGGUCGCCGAAGACGUCAUACAUUCUGGCCUCCGGCUCUGCCGAUGGCCGCGUGCUGUUCUAUGACAUCCGCCGGGCGAACGCGGCCUUCGCCUCGCUAGACCUAGACGACGCUGUUGGGGUCGUGGGUGACCAGCCCUCAACGGGGCUAGGCGCGCGCUCCGAGCUGCUCGACUUCAAUGCCGUAGCGCACAACGGCGCCGUGACAAGCGUGCAAUGGACGCCUCAUGGCGAUCGCCUGGUUACUGCGGGCCAUGACCAGCGCAUCCGGGUCUGGGACACGGCUACGGGCCGCAAUGAACUCGUUCACUUUGGCCCACGCAUCCGGAAUGAGAGACAGGGCGAACUCACACCGCUGAUUUCGCCGCUCGGAACCCAUGCCCCUGGUCAAGAGUCGCUGUUCUGGCCAAAUGACGAGGGCCGCGGCGGCAUUUUCCAGCACCAUCUGCGUGAGGGCCACUUGAUCAGAAUCUUGCGCACCGAAGGCAUUAAGGUUGCAGAAGUGCAGGCGGCCAAAAAACGCGGCAAGGCCAGCGGGACCAGCACUGGCGGUGGCGUGGCGAGGUUGACGAGCGGCGGCCGCAUCAAUGCCAUGGUCUGGCGCACCAAUGCCCUUCUUGGCCAUGGGAUAGAAAUGUACACCGCGCACGGAGACGGGAAGAUUUGCGCUUGGGUGCCACAGCCCCGAAAUGCUGUCGAGGAAGACGAUGAUGACAAGGGUCAUGCCGCAACGCCUAGAGGAGACGGAGACGGAUCUGCAAUACUACGCCCUGGCGAGGCGGCCGACGAUGCUGAAAACAGGAGGAAACGCAAGCGUCAUCUCGUGGCCGACUUGGUGGAGGGAUUGGCGAAGCGGCCGAUGGGGUUCUCUUGA